AUGGCGCGUUAUAUAAAGGCAUUUUAUACGUCUUUCCAGCACGUGCAUACUAGAAUGGCGUAUGGGAAAAUACGGGAGCGUCUGAUCCUUAUACUAAGUUCUUUCACAUGCAUUACUUUAGUGCAGUGCAGACAUGUGCUACAAUUGUCUGAAAAUGAAAAAGCAAAUGAUGAUGGUGAAUUUAUAUCGGAACAACAUAUGUUUGACCACGACCGAUAUGAGUCUUUACCUGAUUUUGAGUACCUAGGUGAUGACGCCAUUGUCUCAGGGCAAGUCAGUUCUUCUGAAGCAGCCUGGUAUGCCAUGUCUCCAAGUUUGAGGUGUGGUGAUGAUCUUAUGAAGUUGCAGCUCAGUGGUCCUGAAGUAGCACAAGUUGAGCUUUGUCGAGAUAAUGGGGCACCUGUUCCCCUCAAUGAGUUGCCACUUCACUGUGGAUACACCAUACCAACUUAUGGAGGUCUUAUCUAUGCUACCCCCUAUGAUGGAUGUGGUGUUGCACAACAGGGCGGGAGUUAUGUAAUGCAGAUGCAAUUGCAGGGAAAUGGUGCAGUCAUUUCUUGUCCUAUGACCUCUACAACUGCAAACGAAACCUUCCUAAGACCUCAUUCUCCUUCAUAUCAGCAGAUUCUGCUGUCUCCCCUUUAUCCUGAUAAAUUUACUCCAAUAACUAUGCCAGAACUACCUACAGCACUCCACAAGAUUCCACAAGAGUUUUGGCCUUACUACUACCCUCGUUACCAUUAUACUGGCAAGGGUUAUCCCACAGCUGAGCCAUCAGAGGAAACUUCUACAGAUGACCAAGCACCACACCAGAAACCUCAAUUUCCAAAGCACCCCCAUAUGAUGUGGCCAUAUCCCUACUCUCAUUCCCAUUAUCCUGGCAAGGGUUAUCCCACAGCUGAACCAGCAGAAGAACCUUCUGCAGAUGCCCAAGCACCAAACCAGAAACCUCAAUUUCCAAAGCACCCCCAUAUGAUGUGGCCAUAUCCCUACUCUCAUUCCCAUUAUCCUGGCAAGGGUUAUCCCACAGCUGAACCAGCAGAAGAACCUUCUGCAGAUGCCCAAGCACCAAACCAGAAACCUCAAUUUCCAAAGCACCCCCAUAUGAUGUGGCCAUAUCCCUAUUCCCAUUAUCCUGGCAAGGGUUAUCCCACAGCUGAGCCAGCGGAGGAGUCCUCUACAGAUGGCCAAGCACCAAACCAGAAGCCUCAAUUUCCAAAGCACCCCCAUAUGAUGUGGCCAUAUCCCUAUUCCCAUUAUCCUGGCAAGGGUUAUCCCACAGCUGAGCCAGCGGAGGAGUCCUCUACAGAUGGCCAAGCACCAAACCAGAAGCCUCAAUUUCCAAAGCACCCCCAUAUGAUGUGGCCAUAUCCCUAUUCCCAUUAUCCUGGCAAGGGUUAUCCCACAGCUGAGCCAGCGGAGGAGUCCUCUACAGAUGGCCAAGCACCAAACCAGAAGCCUCAAUUUCCAAAGCACCCCCAUAUGAUGUGGCCAUAUCCCUAUUCCCAUUAUCCUGGCAAGGGUUAUCCCACAGCUGAGCCAGCGGAGGAGUCCUCUACAGAUGGCCAAGCACCAAACCAGAAGCCUCAAUUUCCAAAGCACCCCCAUAUGAUGUGGCCAUAUCCCUAUUCCCAUUAUCCUGGCAAGGGUUAUCCCACAGCUGAGCCAGCGGAGGAGUCCUCUACAGAUGGCCAAGCACCAAACCAGAAGCCUCAAUUUCCAAAGCACCCCCAUAUGAUGUGGCCAUAUCCCUAUUCCCAUUAUCCUGGCAAGGGUUAUCCCACAGCUGAGCCAGCGGAGGAGUCCUCUACAGAUGGCCAAGCACCAAACCAGAAGCCUCAAUUUCCAAAGCACCCCCAUAUGAUGUGGCCAUAUCCCUAUUCCCAUUAUCCUGGCAAGGGUUAUCCCACAGCUGAGCCAGCGGAGGAGUCCUCUACAGAUGGCCAAGCACCAAACCAGAAGCCUCAAUUUCCAAAGCACCCCCAUAUGAUGUGGCCAUAUCCCUAUUCCCAUUAUCCUGGCAAGGGUUAUCCCACAGCUGAGCCAGCGGAGGAGUCCUCUACAGAUGGCCAAGCACCAAACCAGAAGCCUCAAUUUCCAAAGCACCCCCAUAUGAUGUGGCCAUAUCCCUAUUCCCAUUAUCCUGGCAAGGGUUAUCCCACAGCUGAGCCAGCGGAGGAGUCCUCUACAGAUGGCCAAGCACCAAACCAGAAGCCUCAAUUUCCAAAGCACCCCCAUAUGAUGUGGCCAUAUCCCUAUUCCCAUUAUCCUGGCAAGGGUUAUCCCACAGCUGAGCCAGCGGAGGAAUCUUCUACAGAUGUCCAAGCACCAAACCAGAACCCUCAAUUCCCAAAGCAACCCCAUAUGAUGUGGCCAUAUUCCCAUUAUCCUGGCAAGGGUCAUCCCACAACUGAGCCAGCGGAGGAGUCCUCUACAGAUGGCCAAGCACCAAACCAGAAGCCUUAAUUUCCAAAGCACCCCCAUAUGAUGUGGCCAUAUCCCUUCUCUCAUUCCCAUUAUCCUGGAAAGGGUUAUCCCACAGCCGAGCCAGCGGAGGAAUCUUCUACAGAUGUCCAAGCACCAAACCAGAACCCUCAAUUUCCAAAGCACCCCCAUAUGAUGUGGCCAUAUCCCUACUCUCAUUCACAAUAUCCUGUCAAGGGUUAUCCCACAGCUAAGCCAGCGGAGGAGUCCUCUACAGAUGGCCAAGCACCAAACCAGAAGCCUCAAUUUCCAAAGCACCCCCAUAUGAUGUGGCCAUAUCCCUACUCUCAUUCCCAUUAUCCUGGCAAGGGUUAUCCCACAGCCGAGCCAGCGGAGGAAUCUUCUACAGAUGUCCAAGCACCAAACCAGAAGCCUCAAUUUGCAAAGCACCCCCAUAUGAUGUGGCCAUAUCCCUUCUCUCAUUCCCAUUAUCCUGGAAAGCGUUAUCCCACAGCUGAGCCAGCGGAGGAGUCCUCUACAGAUGGCCAAGCACCAAACCAGAACCCUCAAUUUCCAAAGCGCCCCCAUAUGAUGUGGCCAUAUCCCUACUCUCAUUCCCAUUAUCCUGGAAAGCGUUAUCCCACAGCUGAGCCAGCGGAGGAGUCCUCUACAGAUGGCCAAGCACCAAACCAGAACCCUCAAUUUCCAAAGCGCCCCCAUAUGAUGUGGCCAUAUCCCUACUCUCAUUCCCAUUAUCCUGGAAAGCGUUAUCCCACAGCUGAGCCAGCGGAGGAGUCCUCUACAGAUGGCCAAGCACCAAACCAGAACCCUCAAUUUCCAAAGCGCCCCCAUAUGAUGUGGCCAUAUCCCUACUCUCAUUCCCAUUAUCCUGGAAAGCGUUAUCCCACAGCUGAGCCAGCGGAGGAGUCCUCUACAGAUGGCCAAGCACCAAACCAGAACCCUCAAUUUCCAAAGCGCCCCCAUAUGAUGUGGCCAUAUCCCUACUCUCAUUCCCAUUAUCCUGGAAAGCGUUAUCCCACAGCUGAGCCAGCGGAGGAGUCCUCUACAGAUGGCCAAGCACCAAACCAGAAGCCUCAAUUUCCAAAGCACCCCCAUGUGAUGUGGCCAUAUCCCUACUCCCUUCCCCAUUAUCCUGGCAAGGGUUAUCCCACAGCCGAGCCAGCGGAGGAAUCUUCUACAGAUGUCCAAGCACCAAACCAGAAGCCUCAAUUUGCAAAGCACCCCCAUAUGAUGUGGCCAUAUCCCUUCUCUCAUUCCCAUUAUCCUGGUAAGGGAUAUCCCACAGUUGAGCCAGCGGAGGAGUCUUCUACAGAUGUCCAAGCACCAAACCAGAACCCUCAAUUUCCAAAACAGCCCCAUAUGAUGUGGCCAUAUUACUACCCCGAUUAUCAUGGCAAACCAACUCCCACUUUGAAACCAGCUCCAGCCAUGGCCGCUUCUGCCCCACCAGAUUCACCCUCAAUAACCCAGAAACCGCAACCCCUAGUGUACCCUGGAAGUCUAUUCCCUCAGCAUAGCCAUUACCCUCUUUAUUUGCAACAGUUUUAUCCACAAUACCCAGUGCAGCCUCCGAAAACCCCUACCGCAUCACCUAUAACCACCACUCCUCAACCCUGUACUACAACUGCAGCUGCGGAAUGCAAACCUUCUGCCAACCAGCCUCCCAAAGAGCCACCCCGAUAUUAUAAACCACCCAAUUAUACGAGUUAUGAAAAAGACCCCUUCGCUCUUAAAUUUGUGUAUUUUUCCGAAUUGGAUCCCAAGUCUUUCCCAUGAAAUUAAUGAGGACUGAGGAUAGCUAUUUAGAAUUAGGUUGGUAAUGUGCUGCAUGUGACUUUGAGAAAGAUUGCCUCCUGAUUUAAUGCUAAUAUGUUGUGUAUGGGGUGACUGCAAAAAGUGACUCCUGCUCAUUCAUUUUGUCCUUUGUUCUCUCAAACGAUUCAAUAAAUCAAAUGUGGUCAAA